GCAGCCAAGUGUACUGUAGCUUACCUCCUGGUUCUGGAGUCAUCAACCCAUACGUCUUGUUUUAGUCAGUCACUAGUGGUAGAAUAUAAGUUGUCAGAAUGAUAAAUCUCUAAAGUAGUGGUUUUGAACUCUUUUUGCCUCAGCUUUCUUAUGGCUCCAGUUCCCCAGCUCUCUCCAAUCGUCAGCGUUUUCCCACCUUCUUCCGCACUCAUCCGUCUGCUACUCUGCACAACCCGACUCGAGUGCAACUUUUCCAGAAAUGGAAAUGGACCAAGAUUGCCACGAUUCAGCAAACGACAGAAGUCUUCACGUCGACCCUGGAUGAUCUAGAGUAAAGAGUGAAGGAGGCAGGGAUUGAGAUCAGUGUUCGCCAGAGCUUCCUCACAGAUCCUGCCGUGGCUGUCAAAAAUCUGAAGCGCCAAGAUGCCAGAAUUAUUGUCGGCCUGUUCUAUGAGACAGAGGCCAGAAAGGUCUUCUGUGAGGUCUACAAGGAGAAGCUAUUUGGGAAAAAAUACGUGUGGUUUCUCAUCGGCUGGUACGCGGACAAUUGGUUCAAGAUAAAGGAUUCGUCUAUCAACUGCACCGUGGAGCAGAUGACAGAGGCCGUCGAGGGCCACGUCACCACUGAGAUCGUCAUGCUCAAUCCAGAGACAGUGCGUGGAGCGUCGAACCUGACCUCCCAGGAGUUUCUGGCCAAGCUGAUGUCCAAACUGGGAGGGAAGAACCCAGAGGAGACAGGCGGUUUCCAGGAGGCCCCUCUGGCCUACGAUGCCGUAUGGGCUUUGGCUUUGGCCCUCAAUAAGACUGUGGGGCGUCUCAAGGCCAAGGGCUACAGGCUGGAAGAUUUCAACUACAACAACAGAGACAUCACGACGGAGAUCUACCGAGCUUUAAACACCAGCUCCUUUGAAGGAGUUUCAGGCCAUGUUGUGUUUGAUGCACAAGGUUCUCGAAUGGCCUGGACUCUCAUCGAACAGCUUCAAGGAGGAAGUUACAAGAAGAUUGGAUAUUACGACAGCACCAAAGGGAACCUGUCCUGGUACGGGAAUGACCAGUGGAUAGGCCCAGGACCUCCUGCUGACCAGACUAUGGUUAUCGAGGAGUUUCGCUACCUUUCCCAGAAGCUCUUCGUUUCUGUGUCUGUCUUUGCUGGAUUCGGAAUUCUGCUGGGAAUCAUCUGUCUCACGUUCAACAUCUACAACAGUAAAGUCAGGUACAUUCAGAACUCUCAGCCAUACCUCAACAACAUGACUGCACUGGGAUGCAUGAUGGCCCUGGCUGCUGUCUUUCCCCUGGGCAUUGAUGGCCUUCAUGUCCACAGGAAGCAGUUUCCCGUCGUUUGCCAGUUUCGACUCUGGCUGUUAGGUGUUGGUUUCAGCCUGGCAUACGGCAGCAUGUUCACCAAGAUCUGGUGGGUCCACACUGUUUUCACAAAGAAGGAUGAGAAGAAGGACCGGAGGAAGCACCUGAAACCAUGGAAACUCUACGCUACUGUAGGUGUGCUGCUCAGCAUUGACGUCUUGUCUCUCAUGAUAUGGCAGAUUGUGGAUCCUUUGCAUAUCACAGUGGAGAAAUUUACCAAAGAAACCCCCAAAGGUGACCUUGAUGUUUUAAUUCAACCUUUACUGGAGCACUGCAGUUCUAUAAAGAUGAACACCUGGCUGGGUGUGGUGUAUGGAUAUAAAGGCUUGCUGCUGCUCCUGGGCAUCUUCCUGGCAUAUGAGACUAAGUCUAUUUCCACGGAGAAGAUUAAUGACCACCGCGCUGUGGGCAUGGCUAUCUAUAACGUGGCUGUGCUAUGCCUGAUCACAGCUCCUGUUACUAUGAUUCUGUCCUCCCAGCAGGACGCCUCCUUUGCCUUUGCCUCCUUGGCCAUUGUCUUCUCAGUGUACAUUACGCUGGUUGUUCUUUUCGUCCCCAAGAUGCGGCGUCUGAUCACACGGGGAGAGUGGCAGUCCGACGGACAAGAGGCUCUGAAGACGGGCUCGUCCACCAACAACAACGACGAGGAAAAGUCCAGACAGUUAGAGAGAGAAAAUAAAGAGCUACAGAAAAUCAUUCAGGAGAAAGAAGAGCGCGUGUCAGAGCUGAGGAACCAGCUCACGGAGCGACAGGCGACACACUCAAGAAGAAGACCGUCCACCAUCACCAGUCACAACCACAGCCCACCUCUCGCAAUCCACCAGAGCGACCCCAGAUGCAGAAGCUACGAAAACAAACGUCUCGGUCGUUCUAAAAUGUCACAUUUGUCGGUCGCUGGCUACGGGCUAAACCAUGUUAGAGCAGCGCACGCAACGGUUUCAGUGAUAUACAGCUGCCCACGGUACAGCUUUGGCAAGGAGUCAGAAACAGACAACGCACGGGUGGUCAGUGGUCGACGACGUAAACCAGGUGUGCUGAUACACACUACACAGUACACAGUACACAGUACACAUCACGGCGAAAACAGAGCCAAAUAGCUAAAUAAUGUUACAUCAGAUAUUAACUUAUUGAAAUUAUUCAUCCAUUCACAUCAUUAUUAUUUUUGUUUCUUCACAGCCUUGAAUCCGUU